AUGACAACUUACUCGAUUGACCCAGCCGAACUCAAGGCUCUCCAUGGAAAGACUAUCCUGAUUACGGGAGCAGCAACAGGCAUUGGCGAAGCCGCGUUCAAGUUGGCCAUUGAGAAUGGAGCCAACAUUGUAGUUGGAGACUGGAACGAGGAGGGCGCAUCCAAACUCGUCGAGCCAUACGAAGGGCGAGCGAUUUUCAAAAAAUGCGAUGUCUCCAAGUGGGACGAUGUCCUGGAACUGUUCCAGGAGGCCUUUCUCCGCUUUGGAACAAUCCACAGUGUACUGUCCAAUGCCGGCAUUAAUGGCAAUGAAAGCCUUCUCGACGAAGACAUCGAUGAGCAGAGUGGAAAAUUGCUACCACCAAACCUGAAAUCUCUCGAUGUCAAUUUGCUCGGUCAACUCUACGUGACCAGAUGUGCAAUUCAUUAUUUCAAGAAAUGGCCCGAAACCCCUUGCCAGCUGGUGAUGACGGCCUCUGCUGGUUCAUUCUUCCCUGCGCCUCCACUGCAUGUCUACUGUGUCGCCAAGGCGGGUGUUGUCAGCUUGAUGCGUUCUUUGUAUUAUGAGACGGAAAAGAUGCAGAACCUCACGGUCAACACUAUUGCCCCCUGGAUGACCGUGACACCGAUGAUUAAAGCUAUCCCAGGGUGGGAGCAGAGAUGGAAGCUCCCCCUGAACACGCCCGCGGACGUCGGUCUCUCUCUACUGCUCCCCGUCGUACGGCCUUCUGUGAAUGGAAAGUGUUUCUUCAUUGCCGGAGGCAAAUUUAUCGAGCUCGAGGAUACAUUGCAUGAAACUGAGCCACAAUGGAUGGGUGAGGAACUCUGCAGUCUGGUUCGAAAGGGGCAGGAUAUCUUGCUGGACAGAAAGGAUUGA